AGCGUACCGCUCAGAACACGAUCUCGCAUCAGGCUACGCAGACCCUACCCAGGUAUCCAACCAUCGCAAUCAACAUCAUGCAUCUAUAUCUUCUCGUGCCGACCGACUCUCGCACACCCCACUCCCUCGAAGUGAACGGGCGACACUGGUCCCUCCAAUCCGUCAAUCCAGACAGCAGCCCCUUCAACUCCUCAUUUCCGGUCUCAGACCGCACCAUCCCCGCUCUGCAGACCUUCAUUCGGCACCGACCCUCCUGCGAACACAUCUGGAUAGAUGCGUUUUGUGUCCCGCUCGCGGAGCCCAAGCGGGCCCAAACCCUCGAGAGCAUGGGGUAUAUCUACGCGCGCGCCAAAGAGGUCCUGGUCGUUCUGUCUGAAGCAGCGCGGCCAGCGCUCGAGAGAAUGCAGGGAGGAGGCGGGAUCGGGAUCGAGGAGCUCGCGGUGCUAGAGCGCGAGGAGUGGGUCGAGCGCGCGUGGACGUACCAAGAGGCUGUGAACAGCAACGUGCUAGUACUGACCUGCGAAGGCGAAGGUUCUGCCAUCAUCCGCGCGGCGCAAUUCUUCGAGUGUAUGUCAACCGCACUGCAAGAGUGCAAGGGCUCUGUGUCCGAGAAACUGUGCACCUAUCCUCGGCUCAACGCUUUCGAGGAUAUUAUGCUGGAUUUCUGGAUGGCUGGCUACGAGGAGCGCGCCGCGCUGAAUGUUAUGUCGAACAUGGAUCGGCGGGUGCAAGCACGCAAGGAAGAUCACUUUUAUGCGAUGAUUGGAGCUAUUAGCUCAGAGCGGGCGAGUGCGCUUGGGAAGGUGGAGCCUUGCGAGGCGUUUAUAAGGGUUUGUGAAGAGAAAGGGGACUUUUCGUUUAUUUAUUCGGCUGCGAGGCGGGAAGAGGUGCCUGGGAGGAGGUGGCGGCCUGUGAUUGGAGAUCUGCCUUCUAUUCUGCCCUGGCAUGGGAAGGGCACUGGACAGCCGGGACGUCUAUGUGAGGAGGGAUUGUGGCUUGAUAGUAUGCUUGUAGUUCAACCGGCCCCACCGCAGGAGGAGGCAAGAAUAUUUGUGGAGGAAUGGUUGACGCUUGUGUGGAAGGACGAGUCCCAUGGACAUCAGGAUCUCGAAGAGGCUGCAUAUGCUACGCUCCAGAUUAUGGGCUUCACCGGAAGCCAACGAUGGGUGAGUGGCGCGAAGGGAUACUUCUUCCCGUUCGAACCUGUGAGAAGCUUAGUGUCGUAUGAUCGCGGCGAUGGGAAGGGCCUUCUGUAUACACCGGGCGUUUACAUUGGGGCUGUCAAAGAGAAAGAAGGUGUGUCAGUUCUAGUAGGAUGA